AAAAGUGAGGAUUCCCGCCGCACUAGCUUACCGAACCGUGAUGCUAGCGCCGUGACCCCCGAUAGCGAUCCAUGUCACUUAGCCGCGACGGACCCCAGAACGUGUCAGAAUAGUGUUUGUCUCCCAUGCUUCGGUGUCUGAUAUUCCAUUAACCAAGUUUGUUACUUGUCUUCUUGCAUGUCUUGUUAUACGUCUUCAUAAUUCAGCAUCAUCAUGUUCCAGCGCCUUCGCGGAGCCAUCGACGCCAGAAUAGCAGAAGAGCAAGCGCGCCAGAAAGCCACCACGCCGACGACACCUGCGCGAUCCAGCUCAACAACCCGGCGGUCCAAUUCGCGGAACCUCUCGCCCUCGAAGCGAACAGCGAGAUCGAAAGAUGCCGACAGCAGCAAGACGGCCCCGGCAGGGAAGGGCCCUGACCCCUCAGAGUUUGACCCCGAGUUCGUCAUAGGAGAGGAAGAAGAUCAGCCGAGUCGAGCCGGCACACCGCGACCUAAGGAGAAGGCGCAGCCCGCAGAAGCCAGUGCUGAGAAUGGCGAGGGCAAGAAGGAGGAGACAGAGGGACCGACUGCUGAAGUACAAGAGAAGCCAGAACAGCCACCGGAGAUACCACCAGAGGCCAAAUUGCGGUUGCGCAGAUUAGACAAACUUGAGCCCAAGUAUACUGAGCUCCUCCGGUCGUACCGCAUCGCACACGCCAGAGUGGGCGCAAUCGAGGCCUUUGAAAGCUCCCUCCGCGAAUACACGCCUCUCACCUCCAUCAGCGACACUGGCGCAUUUGUCGAAUACCUAGGCCAACUUAACGUCAAGAGUGAUAUGCUCAUGGAGGAACUCAAGCGGGUGUCCAAAGAACGCGACGAGCUCAACAAAAAGCUCGAGGAUGCAGAGAAACGCGCAAAGGAGGCCACAGACGAGGUGGAGACUCUAAAGUCACAGGCGUCGGCAACCAACGACGCUGCACAGGAUGACUCUACCACACAGACUGAAUCCGUCGCACCUUCAUCCCCUUCCAAAGCGUCCAAGCAGACCGAGACCACCGAAGAGACCGAAGACUUCUUCUCGUACGAUAGCGAACUGCCUCGCUUGCAGUCCCAGCUACAAGAGAGCGAAGAGAAGAUCGGAAAGCUCGAAGAGGAGAACAAGUCGCUCAAGAACGAGCUUUCCACGGCGCAAGAGUCCGCUCAGUCGUUUAUGCAAAAUUUAGAGACUACUACAAACGAUCUAAACACGUUCAAGGAUACGCAUCAAAGGCUAUCAAAGGACGCCGAUGAUCGUGAGAAAGAGCUCAACAACACAAUCGCUGAUCUCAAGUCAAAAGUUGACAGUGCCGAAGGAGAGCUCCAGAAACACAAGGAUACGCAUGACCAAAGUGAAAAGACCAUCGCCGAGCUCAAGGCUAAGCUCGAUUCAACGGCCAAAGAACUCGAUGAUCUACAUGCAGAUAAGGGAGAGAAGAUUGUGGAAAACGAUCAGGUGCAAGAGCUUCAACGGCGAAUCGAAGAGCUCCAGGGUGAACUUUCUCAACUGCGCGAAACACACGCCAAGGCCGAGAAGCGGAACGAGACCAUGGACGGGCUGCUCAGCAAACAAAGAAAGACUUGCAGAAAGCCAAUGACGAGAAGAAGACGACCAAACCAGAACCGGUCCAACUACCACAAGCAACUCCUGCUCAAGCUCCCCAAAGCGCAGCGGCAAAGAAGAGGGCUCGUAACAAGAAGAACAAGAAGGGAGGAAACGGGCCCGCGGCUAGCGGAGCGUUGACGCCCGAAGCAACCCCUAGUGAAGCUGGAGACACUGAAGGACUACUCAGCCCUCGUGAUGCAGAGUUCACACCAUCACAACUUGAGGAUGCUUUGAAGAACGUUGCACAACU